AAUGACUUGCUUCAGCUGUCCUUGUGACGUUUAAAUUGAAAACAUGUUACAAGUCCUUGACAGUAAUCGGAUUACUGUAAAGCGGGAGCGGCUGCGUAACUGCGCUGCGCUCCGGAGUCUCAUAAAGUUAGUGCGCGAGGCGCGGAGCGGGCAGACAGAGCGAGGCGGCGGAGCGCGCGCUGCACAGAGAGGAGCUUCGUCUCUGAGAAAUUAAUAUUUCAUCUCCGGCUGACCACACAGUAAAGCUGCAGGGACAGAGUGUCAGCAACUGUCAGGGGAUACUCCAGGAUACAGGUGCGAGAAAGAGGCACCACUCCCGAUUUUUUUCCGCAAAUCCAGGACCAAAUGUCUCCCAGACCCCCCUGUGGAUUUUAGCAGCCCCCCCGAUGCUGUGAGAGGCGUUCAGGUGCGGGACGGGAGUGGGACAAUUACAGGAUGAGUGAGUGGUACACGCAGACCGGAUGUAAAGGAGCUCUACUUGUAAUGGUGCUAGUGAUCAGCGUCUGGGAGAUGACUGUCCCAACAGAAGCAGCAUCAGCAGCGCACCAGGUCCGGACCGGCACCUGCGAGGUGGUGGCGCUGCACCGCUGCUGCAACAAGAACAAAAUCGAGGAGCGCUCUCAAACUGUGAAGUGCUCCUGCUUCCCUGGGCAGGUGGCUGGGACCACCAGAGCCGCCCCCUCCUGUGUAGACGCCUCGAUAGUGGAGCAGAAGUGGUGGUGUCAGAUGCAUCCGUGCCUUGACGGGGAGGAAUGCAAAGUCCUUCCUGAUCUGAAGGGCUGGAGCUGUGCUACAGGGAACAAGAUCAAAACCACCAAGAUUUCUGGAGACAAAGAGCAGCUCUGGUAACGUCAGAUGCUUCACAGCUGAGUCCAGGUGAGGCAGCAGCUGUGCUUACGGACGAUCAGAAGAGAAGUCAUGCAAAGGACCUUUCUGUAAAUAGAGACUUCUUUUCUUCUGGACUGCAAAUUAUCUUUUGAAAAACUCUGGAUGUUAUUUCUUGAACUCUAUGGACGUCAAGGACUGAUCAUUCAACAUUUGUUUUUGAAGAACUCCAAAUGUUCAACAGGAUUCAUUCUCUGACAUUUGACUGCUGGUAGAGGAUACAACAGGGAAUCAAUCUCCCUAUAGGGUAUUUCUAAAGUACAAAGGGGGAUCUGCAUCACAAGUCGACCCAGGUGAACAGCACGUCAGUUUGUUGUAAGCAUCGCAAACCUUCAAUACAAAAUAUCACUAUGUUUUAUCAGUCAAAUAUGGCUUUCUUGUAUAACAACGUGUAGAUUUAAAGUUCCACAUACAGAGGAAAUGAUGUGGCUUAGUGGCAGAGGGGAUUUUCAUAGAAAUACACAACCACAUUUAUCAUGGUUCCAUACUGUUUACCAGAGGGGGAAAUCCUGGAAUUCAAUUUCAAGUUACGACACUAUAAUAGAGUAUGAACUGAUAAAAGCCAGCAGCUGUUAACAGACAGGAGGUUGGAUCCAGUCAUACUUUUGUUUGGAAGAUGAUUCUGCUGCUGCUUCCCUCGCUCCUGCCAGGUUCUGUUCCGUAUCGCAGCUCCAAUUAAACACAAAGCAUCUGGUCCUGACUGUGAUGACAACAAACUGUUUUCCACUAGUUACUUAAUUAUGAUUUUUCACUAGGUAG